AUGGCGUUUGAUCCUGACAAACCGAGGUAUGACCAAUCGUCCUUCUACGGAAGAUUGCGGCAUUUUGCCGGAAUCACUGAUCCCUUCAUUGCUUUCACCAGCACUGAUGAGCUGAUCAGAGCUUCCACUUUGAUGCAGAAAUGCAGGUUAGUACACUUUUCAUGAGAUUUAAACCAGUUUUAUCAAAACUUUGUUGGAAAUAGCCGAAAAACUUCUUAUUCGUCGUUUUUUAGCAACAACAACUGGGAAAUUUUGGUAGCUUUGAGGACGCAAUAAAUUUUAAUUUUUCAAAGGACAUUCAUUAAAACUUUUUUUGUCAUUGAAAUUUUCAUUGUGAGAUUUUUGAACGUUAUAUCUAACUGCUGAAACGUUGAAGAUCUGGCGAGCGACCACCAAUUCCUGAAGAAGAGCUCCAGAGAGCAAGGCGAUUAUACCAGUCCGCUUUCCAUCCGGACACUGGAGAGCUUCAGAAUUUUGCUGGAAGGAUGUGCUUCAAUGUUUGGGGUGGAACGAUGCUUUGUGGAGCCAUGAUGAUCUGGUAUGUUUUAUUUUCGAACUACUAAAAAAUUUUCGAUCACUGUAUGAAAAAGAUUUCAAAAAGAAGUAAAGUCUCUUUGAAAAGCGUUGUUUUAAAGUUUGAGAGCGAUUUUUGGAAUCUUCCAAGUUAUUGGUAAAUGUUUCAUCUUCAGGUACAAAUCCACACCGGCCGUCAUUUUCUGGCAGUGGGCUAAUCAGUCCUUCAACGCUUUGGUCAAUUAUACUAACCGGAAUGCAAAUAGUACAUUGACCACCAAGGUAAGCAUUUAACGCCAUUUUCAAGAAGAAAAAAAUGAAAAAAACAAAAAGUAUAAACAUAAAUUCUCAAAGAACCGUUAAGAAACCGUUUACUUUAAUUUUGAAGCUGUUUAAUUUUUUUCGUGAUAUUUUUUUACAAUUAUGGGCAAUAUUUGAAGUAUUUGAAAAAUCGAAGCGUGGAAAAAUAUUUUAAAGAUCAUUACCGGAAUCAUUAACGUAUAAUGUUUUUUUAAAACUGUAUCAUAAAAAUUUUUUUAUAGGUUAAAAAAAGAUGCGCAUAAGUAGACGUCGUAGAAUAUAUAAAACACUUUAUACGUCGUUUAAAAGACCUUCUUUCCAUAAAACUCUAAUAAACCAAUUUUUCAUACGAGCUUCAUGAUUUUCGCCUUGUUGAUCUGAUUUCCAAUCAAAUAAAUUUUUCAGGAUCUUGCCACCUCCUACACAACAGCGGUAUCAGGAGCUCUAGGAAUGGCAAUCGGCCUGAAAGCCUACUUUGCCAAGAAGCAGAGCAGCCCAUUGGCCCAAAGAAUGGUUCCAUUGGGAGCCGUGGCUGUUGCCAACGCCAUCAACAUUCCGAUGAUGCGGCAAAAGUAAAUCUACACUUGAAAAAAUAAAAAAUGGGAAGAUUUCAGCGAACUGAAAAAUGGGAUGACGGUGACGGAUGCUGAUGGAAACGCCGUUGGAGUUUCAAAAGCCGCGGCCGCAAAGGCUAUUUCAUUGGUAGUUCUUUCCAGAAACAUCAUCGUGGCUCCCUGCAUGAGUAAGUGAUUUUUUUAUUUUUUUAAGAUUUAGAUUUCAGAGUUAAAAACUCGUGAAAAAAAGUUUGCAAUUUUUCUUAGAACUUUUAUGUGGGAAUUUUUUUCAAUCUAAUGUGUUUCAAAUUUUUUUUCACUUCAUUUUUUUCACCAUUUCGGGCUCAGAUUAUAGAAAAAAAGAUAACUAAUAACUUGAUUUAAUCAUGCAUAGCUAAAAAGAAAAUAAUAAAUUUUGGAUUAUUCGUAGAUUUUUGCGAGAGCAUAAUACCUUCAAUAAUUUCAGUUCUAACCCCGAUCAUCAUGGAAGCACUGGGCAAGGUGCCAUCUUUCAAGCGACAUUUCAACAAACUGAAUAUCCCAACUCAACUGGCCCUAACAUUCAUUAUGUACGUUUUUUCCUGAUCUGAGAGAAAAUUUUUAUUUUCCUAAUUUAGCUAUGGAGCGAUGGUACCUGUCGGCUGUGCCCUUUUCCCUCAACAAAAGUAAGUUUCUCGAAAUAAUUUCCUUAGAUAGUUUUCCUGUUUCAAUCUGAUGCUUUUAGCUCGAUCCGUCUGUCAACCUUGAAGCGACUCGAACCGGAAGCUUACGAAAAACUAAAGGACGUCAAGGGCGACCGAGUUUUCUUCAACAAAGGACUGUAG